AUGGGAGCUGAUCGCCCAGGUUUGUUUGGUGAUGUCGACCAGGACUUGACAAUCUGCCCUACCCACCAAUAUAAACUGGGCCUUGACUGGAAGCCAUCCCGUAAAUGCCAGCACCCCCUCCAUUCGGUAUCUUCGAAACGCGUGCCAUGUAAAGACCGUGCCAUUCCAGCGCUAGUCUCGAAGGAGAUAAACCAGAUUUGGAAUGUUUUGCUGCCAAUUGGAUCAGCAAUUUGUAAAGACUGCGAUUCAGGCCACAAGGAGGCGGUGGAGGCGGAAAAAGUGUGGCAUCAACAACAGCAGCGGUAUCCUCCUGGAGAACAUGGCGGCAUAAUGAGAGGAAUAUGCGGUUAUAUUCACAUGAUGGUUGAGAGGAAAGAAGCUCCAAUUUCCUCACCAGUAACUGAAGCACCAUUAUCUGCUCAAGAGAAGAAAGCAACAACUUCUGCACCAGUAACUGAAGCUCCAACUGCUGUUCCAGAGACAGAAGCUCUAACUUCCGCACCAGUAACUGAAGUGCCAACAUCUGUAACCGAGACCGAGGCUCCAACAUCCACUCCAGAGACCGAAGCUCGUACCACUGCUCAAGAGAGGGAAGCGCCAACUUUCACACCAGUAACUAAAGCACCAUCAUCUGCUCAAGAGGCAGAAGCUCCAACUUCUGCACAAGUAACUGAAGCACCAUCAUUUGCUCAAGAGACUAAAGCACCAACUUCUGCACCAGUAACUGAAGCACCGUCAUCUGUUCAAGAGACGGACGCGCCAACCGCUGUUCCAGUGAUAGAAGCUCCAACUUCCACACCAGUAACUGAAGCGCAAACAUCUGUUCGAGAGACGGAAACCCCAAUGUCUGCACCAGUAACUGAAACACCAAAAUCUGCUCAAGAGACCGAAGCACCAACUUCUGCACCAGUAACUGAAGGGCCAACAUCUGCUCGAGAGAUGGAAGCAUCAACUUCUGCACCAGUAACUGAAACUCCAACCACUGCUCCAGAGACAGAAGCUCCAACUUCCGCACCAGUAACUGAAUUGCCAUCAUCUGCUCCUGAGAAGGAAGCUCCAACUUCUGCACCAGUAACUGAAUCACCAUCAUCUGCUCAAGAGAAAGAAGCACCAACUUCUGCACCAGUAUCUGAAGGGCCAACAUCUGCUCGAGAGAUGGAAGCAUCAACUUCUGCACCAGUAACUGAAACUCCAACCACUGCUCCAGAGACAGAAGCUCCAACUUCCGCACCAGUAACUGAAUUGCCAUCAUCUGCUCCAGAGAUGGAAGCUCCAACUUCCGCACCAGUAAGUGAAGUGCCAACAUCUGCACCCGAGACAGAGGCUCCAACAUCCAUUCCAGAGACCGAAGCUCCAAUCUCUGCUCCAGAGACUGCUCCAAAUUCAGCACCAGUAACUGAAUCACCAACAUCUGUUCAAGAGACGGAAGCACCAACUUCUGCACCAGAAAAGGAAGCACCAAUAUCUCCUCAAAAGAUGGAAGCAUCAACUUCUGCACCAGUAACUGAAUCUCCAACCGUUGCUCCAGAGGCAGAAGCUCCAACUUCCACACCAGUAACUAAAUUGCCAUCACUUGCUCCAGAGACGGAAGCUCCAACUUCCGCUCCAGUAACUGAAGCACCAUCAUCUGCUCACGAGAUGGAAACACCAACUUCUGCACCAGUAACUGAAGCUCCAACUGCUGCUGCAGAGUCGGGAGCUCCAACUUCCGCACCAGUAACUGAAGCGCUAACAUUUUCACCUGAGACAGAGGCUGCUCCAGAGACUGCUCCAACUCCUGCACCAAUAACUGAAGUGCCAACAUCUUCAACCAAGACAGAGUCUCCAAAAUCCAUCCCAGAGACUGAGGCUCCAAUCUCUGCUCUAGAGACUGCUAAAACUUCUGCACCAGUGACUGAAGUGCCAACAUCUGUUCGAGAGACGGAAGCACCAACUUUUGCACCAGUAACUGAAGCGCCAACAUCUUCACCCGAGACAGCGGCUCCAACGUCUGCCAGAGAGACCAAAGCUCCAACUUCCACAUCAGUAACUGAAAGGAGACCUGCCGAGUCCUGGCAAGCUGAAUUUGUCACUGAUACAUCAUUGUUCGAUAUUGACCCUGAAGUAGGACUCUUAGAUAUUGCAAACCUUGAUUUUGAGAAACUCAUCAAUGAAGUUUUAGUCAAUAUUGAUGAGUAUAGUUGCGAUUAUGACAGUGAAAUGGAUCCAUCCUAUUUACCCAACAGUUCACUAGAAUCAGAAUCAGAGUCGGAGGAUGAGAAAGUAUCCAAAGUGUAA